AUGAAUUACUGUGAAAAAGGAGGUCACUUAUCAGUGUACGACAAAGGAAUAAACUGUGUUGGUUGUGAUCAACACCCACUGAGGCGACAACAACACCAAAAACAACAAGAAUAUCAUGAUUCAUCGUGUCCGUCUUGUCCAAUAGAAACAAAUCAAAACUUUCCAGACUCUGACAACCUUUCACUUAGAAACAGAGAAUUUAAGCGUAAAAGUAAAUUGGAAUUAUUUUGCGAUUUAUCUUCAAUACGUGGUGUACAGAGAAUCUAUCGUUCACAAACUCCAUUUAUUCGUCUUUUAUGGCUUCUAUUCGUCAUUAUAAUGACAUGCGUUUUAAUGGUUAGCUCGGGUUUUCUUAUCUCUGAUUAUUUACGUUAUUCUACAGCAUGGAAUACACGCAGCCUGUUGGAUGAUAAAUCAGAGUUUCCUGCUAUCACAUUAUGCGCCCACAAUCCAUUCACUCUUGAUGUGAACAGACUGUGGAAGGAGAAGAUUGUACCUAGUCCAAGGAGAUAA